CCCACGGGGCCGGGGCGAAGCGGCGGCAGCCCGGGGAAGGCGGCGAGGGCUGCGGACAGAAGUUUGCUGCUGAAAGAGAGGGGAGAAUUAAUUAUUUAAUAAGAAUAAUACAACUGAACCUUCGAGGAAGCGCCCGCCCCCUCCCCAUCCUUCUUCAUCCCUGCGGGGAUGCGGCGGCGCUCGGCCGGCGGCAGCCCGCGGUACCCAGCCCGGCUGCGGGCAUGACCCGGGUCCGGAGCGGGGCUGGGCCGGCCGCGGUGUGAGCGAUCGCCCCGGGGGCCGGGCUGGGGCGGCGGGGACGCCUCUCGCCCUGCCCAGCCUCCGCGCAUCCUCCGCGGUGCCGAGCCGAGCCGAGCCGGGCCGGUGGGUCCGAGCCGUGCCGAGUGAGUCGGUGUGAUCCGCGCCGUGCCGAGCGGUAGGAUGAGGGGCAUCUUCUACUUCUGCACGCUGAUCCUCCUGGAAGGCAUGGCGGAAGCUGUCAGCUCGAGCAGGGACUGCCUUCAAGCAGGCGAGUCCUGUACCAACGACCCCAUCUGCAGUGCCAAAUUCAGGACCCUCCGGCAAUGCAUUGCAGGCAAUGGAGCCAACAAGCUGGGCCCCGAUGCCAAGAACCAGUGCAGGAGCACCGUGACGGCCCUGCUCUCCAGCCAACUGUAUGGCUGCAAGUGCAAGCGUGGCAUGAAAAAGGAGAAGCACUGCUUGAGUGUCUACUGGAGCAUCCACCACACGUUGAUGGAAGGCAUGAACGUACUGGAGAGUUCCCCUUACGAGCCAUUCAUCAGGGGCUUUGAUUAUGUCCGGCUGGCAUCCAUCACUGCAGGCUCUGAGAACGAGGUGACCCAGGUGAACCGGUGCCUGGAUGCCGCCAAAGCCUGCAACGUGGACGAGAUGUGCCAGCGCCUGCGGACCGAGUACGUGUCCUUCUGCAUCCGGCGCCUGGCGCGGGCUGACACCUGCAACCGCUCCAAGUGCCACAAGGCUCUGCGCAAGUUCUUCGACCGCGUGCCGCCGGAGUACACCCAUGAGCUGCUCUUCUGCCCCUGCGAAGACACGGCCUGCGCCGAGCGCCGCCGGCAGACCAUCGUUCCUGCCUGCUCCUACGAGUCCAAGGAGAAGCCCAACUGCCUGGCGCCUCUGGACUCCUGCCGGGAGAACUACGUCUGCAGGUCUCGCUACGCAGAGUUCCAGUUUAAUUGCCAGCCAUCACUGCAGACUGCGAGCGGCUGCCGGAGGGAGAGCUACGCUGCCUGUCUGCUGGCCUAUACGGGGAUCAUAGGCAGCCCCAUCACACCCAACUACAUUGACAACUCCACUUCCAGCAUAGCUCCCUGGUGCACGUGCAACGCCAGUGGCAACCGGCAGGAAGAGUGUGAGAGCUUCCUGCAUCUCUUCACCGACAACAUUUGUCUCCAAAACGCCAUUCUGGCCUUUGGCAAUGGGACCUACCUGAACGCAGCCAUGGCCCCAUCCAUCCCCCCCACCACACAGAUGUACAAGCAGGAGCAAAAUGCCAACAGAGCCGUGGCCACCCUCAGAGAGAAUAUCUUCGACCACCUCCAGCCCACCAAGGUGGCUGGAGAGGAGAGGCUCCUGCGGGGCUCCACUCGUCUGUCAUCAGGGACCUCCAGCGCAGCAGCUCCCUCCCUCUGGGCAGCCUCUCCACUGCAGAUGUGGCUUCUCCUGGCUCUCGCCGAGCUGAGCCUCUUUGCAAUGUGAAGCAGGGCGGGCACACGCCAGGCACAGACUCGCUUUGUGUUGGUUUCUUUACAAAACAACCAGAAACUCGUUUGGGGAGAGGGGGUGGGAGGAGGGAGGGGAUGGGAAGGAGACGUGAGCGUGUGGGCAUCCCUUCCUCCUCCUCAUCCGUCUGCCACUUGAUUUGGUUUUAUACAAUCAGCAUCGUCGACAGCCAGCUCAUGCUUGGGCCUGGCCACCUUUCCACCCCAUGGCUUGGUGGUCUCUCCAGCUCUCUGUGCAUGGGGUUGGAGCCAUGGACAAUUAAUUCCCUUGGAAAAGGUGAAGGAGAGAGUUGAGCCAAGAAAUGAGAUCUGCAAAGGAAAUGCUUUUGCCUGCCCCAGCCAAGGGGGGAAAGACACUUGAUGGAUGAGCUGUCAGGAGGUUUCCUGUAGCCCUGACUCACACUGGGGGGCCCUUGACAGCACACGUCAAGCAACGUGGAGUUCAGACUGUCUCCAGGGUUGCUCAGGACACAAAGGGCAUCCCAACUGGUUCAGACUGAAACCAGAGCACCAGCGUUGGUUGGUUCUGUUGACCAGAGAGGAUCCUGAAGCACCGUUGGGUUGGACCAAGAAACCACACCAAGAACUGGCUUGAAACCAUGGCCAGAGUGCAACCAGCAUGCACCUCCAAGCUGUCACCUACCCCUUGGGCCCUCCUUUUUAGAGAAACAUGUGUCAUGUAUUGGUGGUGUUCAGGAAGAAA